UCUGCCCCGGAGCCGGCCGGGAGACCGCGGCCAAGUUCGGGUCCCAGCUGCAGGCAUCUGAAGCCUAGACCCAUCCGUGCCGCGUUCGCCCAUCUUUUUUGGAAAUAUCGAAGGAACCGACUUUGAACUCCGGAGGGAUCUUUUCUUUGGAGGUCCCCCGAUGCAGCCCUGAAGAUGCACCCGCACUCCACACCUAGGAAUUGCCCGCGCCCGUAGAGGGCAGGAGCGCGGCCCUUUGUACUGGCCAAGAGUCAGCGAAUAGGGAAUUUGCAGCCCAGAGGCAAUGGGUCAUUUCCCUGUCGAGCUCGUGGACAGAACCUUUGAAUUUGGAAAAUCCAGGCGAUGGGCCUACUGAGCCAACCGCUCCGCCCAUGGCUUCCAGCACCCAUUCCAGUUGAAGAUGGAGUCCACAGCGUACCCUCUCAAUUUGACCCUGAAAGAAGAGGAAGAGGAAGAAGAGAUUCGGAGCCGGGAACUGGAGGACGGCCCAGCAGACAUGCAGAAAGUACGAAUCUGCUCUGAGGGCGGAUGGGUACCGGCCCUAUUUGAUGAGGUGGCCAUAUAUUUUUCCGACGAGGAGUGGGAAGUUUUGACGGAGCAACAAAAGGCCCUCUACCGGGAAGUCAUGAGGAUGAAUUAUGAGACUGUCCUGUCCCUGGAAUUCCCAUUCCCUAAGCCAGACAUGAUCACCCGGUUGGAAGGGGAGGAGGAGUCUCAGAAUUCUGACGAGUGGCAGCUCCACGGAGGCACCUCUGCAGAAAAUGAAGAAUCUGACGUAAAGCCUCCAGACUGGCCACACCCAAUGAAUGCUACCUCCCAGUUUCCUCAGCCUCAGCACUUUGAUAGCUUUGGCCUCCGUCUGCCUCGGGAUAUCACAGAGCUGCCCGAGUGGAGUGAGGGGUACCCCUUCUACAUGGCCAUGGGCUUCCCAGGGUAUGACCUCUCGGCUGACGACCUAGCUGGGAAGUUUCAGUUCAGCCGGGGCAUGCGGCGCAGUUACGACGCAGGGUUCAAGCUGAUGGUGGUGGAAUAUGCCGAGAGUACCAACAACUGCCAGGCUGCCAAGCAGUUUGGAGUAUUGGAAAAAAACGUUCGAGACUGGCGCAAAGUGAAGCCACAGCUUCAAAACGCCCACGCCAUGCGGCGAGCAUUCCGAGGCCCCAAGAACGGGAGGUUUGCUCUGGUGGACCAGCGUGUGGCCGAAUAUGUCAGAUACAUGCAGGCCAAAGGGGACCCCAUCACCCGCGAGGCGAUGCAGCUGAAAGCUCUCGAAAUCGCCCAGGAAAUGAACAUUCCAGAGAAAGGGUUCAAGGCAAGCUUAGGUUGGUGUCGAAGAAUGAUGAGAAGGUAUGACCUGUCUCUGAGGCAUAAAGUGCCCGUGCCCCAGCACCUGCCGGAAGACCUGACUGAGAAACUCGUCACUUACCAACGCAGUGUCCUGGCUCUGCGCAGGGCGCAUGACUAUGAGGUAGCUCAGAUGGGGAAUGCAGAUGAGACGCCCAUUUGUUUAGAGGUGCCAUCACGGGUAACUGUUGAUAACCAGGGCGAAAAGCCUGUCUUGGUCAAGACACCAGGCAGGGAAAAACUGAAAAUCACAGCAAUGCUUGGUGUCUUGGCUGAUGGGAGGAAGUUACCUCCAUACAUCAUCUUGAGGGGAACGUAUAUCCCCCCGGGGAAGUUUCCCAGUGGGAUGGAAAUCCGCUGCCACCGGUAUGGGUGGAUGACUGAAGACUUGAUGCAGGACUGGUUGGAAGUGGUGUGGAGACGGAGGACAGGAGCGGUGCCCAAGCAGCGAGGGAUGCUGAUCUUGAAUGGCUUCCGGGGCCAUGCCACAGAUUCCGUGAAGAACUCCAUGGAAAGCAUGAACACUGACAUGGUGAUCAUCCCAGGGGGUCUGACCUCACAGCUUCAGGUGCUGGACGUCGUGGUCUACAAGCCACUGAAUGACAGCGUGCGGGCCCAGUACUCCAACUGGCUUCUGGCUGGGAACCUGGCUCUGAGCCCAACCGGGAAUGCUAAGAAGCCGCCCCUGGGCCUCUUUCUGGAGUGGGUCAUGGUCGCGUGGAAUAGCAUCUCAAGUGAGUCCAUCGUCCAGGGGUUCAAGAAGUGCCAUAUCUCCAGCAACUUGGAGGAGGAAGACGACGUCCUGUGGGAAAUCGAGAGUGAGUUGCCAGGAGGAGGAGAACCACCAAAAGAAUGUGACACCGAAAGCAUGGCUGAGGGCAACUGAAGGGAAAGGGAAAGCAAAUGGAACUCUGAUUGAAACAGCUGGAGAGGAAAAUCCUCAAGAAGAUUAUUCCUGAAAGUGUGGAUGCGCUGGAUGCACAGGGAACAUCAGGAAAAGGCCACGGGGCUCUGAACAGCCCGGAUUCAGACAGCAGCCUAUACAUCCAUCCCAGGACACAGACCAGCCUCUCCCCACACCAUAAAAGGUAUCAGAAAAGUCUAGGACCUAUCAUUUCAUCAGAGACAUGCUCAGAAAAGAAACUGCUUCUGCCCCAUUUCUUGUUUUGGAGAUUACUCCAUCUGUCCAUCAAAAGAAACCUGUAAAUAUGAACGAACAAAGGUUAUUUCCUGGAGGAAAGACAAUUUGUUCAACACCAACAAGGGACUCAUCAUAUGGGCACAACUCUGGUGUCCUUCUAUGGAGAAAACCUCGAGUAAAGUUUUAUUCUGCCUUUGAAAAUGCUUCCAAAAGUAGACCCUGUCCCCACACAGGUCAAGACUACAGAGAAGGCUUUGUAGAAAUGUGUCACUUACGUACACCUGCUACUUACACAUUUCCUCUUUUGGAAAAAUGAGAUAUUUAGGAUAACAAGAAAAUUAAGACAUACUGGCCUGGUGCCAGCAGAUGGCUUUUCUAUAGACAAAUUAGGUUAGUCUGGAAGAUAUAGGUUAAAAUAAACUAUGCUGUUUUAUUUAUCUUCCCAACCUGAUUGGCAGCUAGACUUUUUUUAGGGUCUCAUUUAGUGGCCCUGUUUUUUUCAUUAUUAUAUUUAAUGAUAGGGCAGGAUUUCGUAUGCAAGCUCUUGUUUCUCAGGCUGCCUGCAGAAGUCACUAUAAAUUAUCUGCUGUCUACAUGGUACAAGGCCCAUUGACUCAUUUGAUGCUUGUUUUGUUAAUUUCUUUAAUAUUUUUAUCACAGGGGCAGUGGGAGGGCUUGGGCUUUUAGCCACAGCUGUUUUAAGACUUCUGCUCUCCUGCCCUGCAGGAAUAGGUGGGAGGUCAUUGAAUUUUUACACUAUAGUAAUUUGCAUUCCCACAUAAGUUUGAGUGUUACAAAAACAUUCCUUUAAAGCGAUCUGUGCUACAAAAAAUAUGCCAGGACUUCACAGACAAAGCCAUUGCUAGAAAUGUCAUUCCAAUGAUCAAAUCUGGAAACAGGCUGCCAUAACCACUUUUCCUUCCUGUAGACUCAGCUCACCUGUAUAUUAAACUGUUCUUGGCAUCUUGAAACACCUAUUUCUACUCAGGUACUCAUUUUCCUAUUAGUGAUUCACCUUUCUGAUCCUUUUAAACCAGUUUUCCCCUAAGGGGGGAAAUUUUACUUAACCUCUAGUAUCUGAACAACUGUCAAUAUUUGAAUUGUUUCCCCAUUUGCUUUUACCUGUACUGUAUUCUUGGUCAUCUCAAAUGGCAUCUAAACCCAGCUACUUUGCAUUCCAGAAGUUUCCAUUCCCUCCAAUUCCACCUAAUUUUUCAUCUGUCCUAGUUACUGGCUCUUUCUUCUUCAUGUCUUAUUUCUCUUGCUUUGGGAGCUUAAAAGAUUUUACAAGACCUAAUUUUGGGCUCCUUCCUUGGAGCCACCAUUACCCCGCCGAGAAGAGUGGAAAAUGGGUUCAACUCCUGUUUCACUCCACCAACACCUCCGUGAGUCUCAUCAUCGGCUGCGCGAUGAUGCCUUACAGGUUGCAUAGCACUGGAACUUUCCUAGAGUAACGGCUCUGCUGCCAGGGUUUCUCUGGGCUCAUUCUUCCACUGACUUAAUUAUGAUCUAUGCCUAACAGAGCCCCAGUACAACUAUUUUGCAGAAUGGCUGUUACCCUAGAAUUACUAUAGCACAUAUUGAGACAUAGUUGUACUCCCUAGUAGAUAGGAACUGACCCCAACAAUAAACUUUGAUAAUAAAGACAA